ACCGUGACUAACUAUAUUUACCUUACCUGCAAAUUUAUAUUAAAAUUAAAACAAAUAGAUAAUAAUUAAUCAAAUGUCUCAUAACCAUUGUCACAAUGGAUGCCACGAUCACGACCACUCAAGUUCAGAGGAAUUGGGUAUUCAAUAUAACCUUUACGAAAAAAUUGAUAAGGAGAAUUUACAAUGUUUAAAUGAGAUGGUGGAAGGAUCAGGUAAAACAGUAUUUAAGCCAUGGGAAAGCCGGCAUGAUACAACUCAUUUUGUGGAGAGUGAUGCAGACGAAGAACUUCUUUUCAACAUCCCAUUCACUGGCAAUGUUAAACUUAAAGGCAUAAAGAUAGCAUCAGAAAAUUCUGAUGCACACCCAUCUAAGUUGAGACUAUUUAAAAACAAACCUAACAUGACAUUUGAUGAUGUCACCAUGGAACCAGAUCAGGUGUUUGAACUUCACAGAGACAGUGAAGGUGUAUUAGAAUAUGCUCCCAAAAUCGUCACGUUUUCAUCUGUAACCCAUUUGACCAUGCACUUUCCGAGUAAUUUCGGUGCUGACAACACGAAAAUUUAUUAUAUCGGCCUAAAGGGGGAAUGGGCGCCGGGACACAAGCACGGCGUCACCAUUUGUACAUAUGAAGCAAGGCCCAAUCUCGACGAUCAUAAAUUAAAACAUUUAGAUUCUGUAUCCAGGCAUAUAGAUUAGGCAAUUUAGUGUCAUAUUUUCAUAUUCGCUCGGCCUUACUAAAGUUGAACCAAUCUAAUUCAAUUACACAGAAAAAUAUAUGUCACAUAAAUACAGAUAUACUACCGAUACGAGUAGCAGCGCCGUUAAUUGACUUUAAUAGGUUCAGCUUGUAUCAGCCAGAUUGCAACCUAAUUUAUAACACCAUCUGUUUAUACCUAAACAUCGCAGGGUUUUGUUAGUUAUGAAGGAAAGGGAAAUGUGAAAUAUGUACUAAGUACUUUAUUUUAAAAUAAAAUAUUUUUAU